AUGAGGAUCCAGAUGCUUUGCAAUGGCCUGAAUUAUGCAACCAGACAGCUCAUCGAUGCUGCAGCAGGGGGGUCAUUGAGUAGUAAAACCCCUGAGGAUGCUGAAAUCUUGAUUGAAAACAUGGCAAGUAAUGAGUGUCAUUGGUCUACUAGGCAAAAACCCCCUAAGGCAGCUGGAAUUUAUGAGAUAAAUGACAACACUGCGCUAGCCGCCAAGGUUGAGGCCCUAACAAAGAGAUUCGAUCAGUUUGUGUUGGGUACGAGCUCAAAUUCUGGUGCAGUUUUGUCUUGCGAGACUUGUGGGGCCGGGCAUGCUACUGUUCAGUGCCCAAUUUUAAUAGCCUCAGAUGCCCCAGUUGAGACAGUUGAUUAUGUUGGGGGAGCUCCCAGAGGCCCGGGGAAUCCUUAUGGAAACACAUAUAAUCCGGGGUGGAGGAAUCACCCAAAUUUUUCUUGGGGUCAACAACAGCAACAUCGGCCCCCGCAGCCACAGGGACUUCCACCUCAACCUCUUCAGCAGCCCGAGAAGAAGUUCACCACUGAAGAUGUGUUAGCGAGAUUUAUGAUCAGUACCGAGGCAAAAUUUGUGAACAUCAACAAUCAAUUCGCUGAAGUGAACACUGUUUUGAGGAAUGUUCAGGCCUCCAUUCAAUCAUUGGAAAACCAGGUUGGGAAACUUGCUAGGGCAAAUUUGGAGCGCCCACCGGGUAGCUUACCUAGUAACACUGAAAAUAAUCCGAGGGAGCAUUUGAAAGCCGUCACUCUCAGGAGCGGGAAACAGGUGGAAGCACGAGCCGAGGAGGGCUCAAGCACUAAAGAGAAUGGGGUAGCCAUACAGGAAGACCCUAAGCCAUCUGAGAGUGAAGUUGAAGGAAGAAAGGAAAAGCAAGAUGAGAAAACCCUUCAACUACCAACACCAAGGGUGCCAGAGUACAAGCCGGUCAUUCCCUAUCCGGCUAGGUUGAAGCAAGAUAAAGAUGAGGCUCAAUUCAAGAAAUUCCUUAAUAGAAAAUUGGAGGAAUUAGAAACAGUUGCAUUACCACGGAACUGCUCUGCGGUGAUUCAGAGGAAGCUCCCUAAGAAAUUAACUGAUCCCGGGAGUUUCAUUAUUCCAUGUGUGAUUGGGGAAGGCAUGCAAGAAAAGGCCUUGGCAGAUUCUGGGGCCAGCAUCAAUGUAAUGCCCUACAAGCUGUUUUUGAAACUAGGAUUGGAAGACAUGAGGCCUACAAGGAUGACAAUACAACUUGCAGACCGGUCCAUAAAGAAGCCCCGUGGUGUCGUUGAGGAUGUGCUAGUUAGAGUUGACAAGCUUAUUAUCCCUGUGGAUUUUGUUAUUCUUGACGUGGAUGAUGAUGUUGAAGUCCCAUUGAUCCUCGGGCGACCAUUUCUUAACACCGCCGGUGCCCUCAUUGAUGUAAAGGGGGGAAGAAUGACAUUGAGAGUGGGGGAUGAGGAAGUCAUUCUUACACUCCCCGCUACUAUGAAACACACCAUGGACCAUGAUGAUCCCCUCUAUUUUACUGACGAAACUGAUAUGAUUAUUACUGAUUGUGUGCAGGAGGUCUUGGCGAUUAACCACUUGGAUGAAUUCUUGGAAGGAAUGGAUGGCGAUGAGUGCAAGGGGAACAAUCCAUCUCCCACACAAGUAAAGCAGGUAGGCUAUGUGGGGGCAUUUCCGUGGCCGAAUAAUAAGAAGAAAUCAACCACUAGAAAAAUUUGGUGCAAGAGGGACAAGAAACAGAAAUUGGGGAUGAAUUGCACACUAUCACCACCAUGGGAGAUCGAUCGACUAUUCUUCGAGGGGAAGGGUAUGCCGAUCAAGAGAGUUCUAACAAAGCGGCCACGGCACGAUGCGGCAUCAAGACUUCUCACGGAUUGUUGCCUCUCCUCCUUUCCCCUUUGCUAG